GACAUAGGUCUGUCGAACAUUUGCGUCUUUUGUGCUUUAUCUGCGACGAAGUAAAGAACGCGCGCAACACCGACAAGUCUCAGCGCAGAUUCUGUUUUCCUGCAGCUCACACCCUCUGCUGAUGUGAAAUGGGUUUGUGUGGCAGGAAAGUGUUGACACUACUCAGCAGUGUGUUUGCUGUGUGUAGUCUGGGGCUGCUGGGUAUUGCCGUCAGUACUGACUACUGGCUUUACCUGGAAGAAGGGGUCAUCCUGCCUCUCAACCAGAGCACUGAAAUCCGUAUGUCUCUCCAUUCAGGGCUAUGGAGAGUCUGUUUUCUUUCAGAGUCACCAGCUUCGGGGACAGUAUUACCAACUGGUAAAUCAGGAGAUGAAAAGGGACGCUGCUUCACUAUAGAAUAUGUGAUGCCCAUGAAUGUUCAAAUGACAUCAGAGUCUACAGCCAGCGUUCUGAAAAUGAUCCGUUCUGCUACUCCUUUCCCAUUGGUCAGUCUAUUCUUUAUGUUCAUUGGAUUUGUGCUGAGUAAUAUUGGACAUAUUCGCCCUCAACGUACUAUUCUGGCUUUCAUCUCUGGAAUCUUCUUUAUCCUGUCAGGUCUGUCCCUCGUGGUUGGUCUGGUUUUGUAUAUAUCCAGCAUUAAUGAUGAGAUGCUUAACAGAACCAAAACCAAUGAAGCUUAUUUCAGUUAUAAAUAUGGAUGGUCUUUUGCUUUUGCUGCAGUCUCCUUCCUGCUUACUGAGGCAGCAGGUGUAAUGUCUGUCUACUUGUUUAUGAAGCGCUACACUGCAGAGGAGAUGUACAGGCCCCACCCAGGUUUCUACCGUCCACGUCUCAGCAACUGUUCUGACUAUUCUGGUCAGUUCCUGCAUCCAGAUGCCUGGACUCGUGGACGCAGCCCUUCAGACAUCUCCAGUGAAGCAUCCCUCCAAAUGAAUUCAAACUUCCCUGCCCUUCUCAAGUGUCCUGACUAUGAUCAGAUGUCGUCAUCACCCUGUUGAGAUUAUAAAUACACAUUAGUGAUAUCUGAGAAGGAGAGAGCUCAAUAGGUAGUUCUUAAAGAUACUGUGCUGGACUGGUUUUAGCACCAGAGAUCGUAAUGUGUUUGGACAGAGGAUUAACUUUAUUUGUCUUUGAGAGCCUUCAGUACUAAUGCAGUUUUUCUGAGUUAAAUACAUCAUUUGGUGGUAUCAUGUUAUUUGUAGUGCACCACACUGAUGUGUAGCAAAUAGUACCUCUGCCUUUUCUUAAAACUCUGAAUUUUGUAGAAUAUUUUCAUUGGAAGAGUCCGUUGUUUUCUUUGUAAUUUUUUAACCAAAGCUGCUUUAAUUAAAAAAGAUGUAUGUUUUAUAGAAACUAGAAAUGAUGAUCCACAA